CGGUGCGGCCCGAGCGCGGUGGCGGUCGGGGCAUGGCGACGCCGGCCAAGCGCCCGCGGGUCGGCGGGCCGGGCUCGGACCCCGUGGCCGGCUUCCUGCGCUGGUGCGGCCGAGUGGGACUGAAGCUGAACCCCAAGGUGGCGGUGAGCCGGCGGGGGACGGUGGCCGGCUACGGCAUGGUGGCUCUGGAGGGCCUGCAGCCCGGGGAGCUGCUGUUCGCGGUGCCCCGGGCCGCGCUGCUGUCUCCGCACACCUGCGCCAUCAGCGGUCUGCUGGAACGAGAGCGAGCUGCGCUGCAAAGCCCGUCGGGCUGGGUGCCGCUGCUGCUGGCGCUGCUCCACGAGCUGCAGGCCCCGGCCUCCCACUGGAGCCCCUACUUUGCGCUCUGGCCCGACCUGGGCCGCCUGGAGCAUCCCAUGUUCUGGACCCAGGAGGAGCGGCAACGCCUGCUGCAGGGCACUGGUGUUCCAGAGGCGGUGGAGAAGGAUUUGGCCAACAUCCGCAGCGAGUACCGUUCCGUUGUGCUGCCCUUCAUGGAAGCCCACCCUGAUCUCUUCAGUCCCAAGGUUCGCUCUCUGGAGCUCUAUCACCAACUCGUGGCCCUCGUAAUGGCCUAUAGCUUUCAAGAGCCAUUGGACGAGGAGGAUGAAGAGGAGCCAAACUCCCCUGUGAUGGUGCCUGCUGCAGACAUACUGAACCAUCUAGCCAAUCACAAUGCCAACCUAGAGUACUCUGCGGAUUAUCUUCAGAUGGUGGCUACUCAGUCCAUUCCAAAAGGCCAUGAGAUUUUCAACACUUAUGGGCAAAUGGCUAAUUGGCAACUGAUUCAUAUGUAUGGUUUUGUUGAACCAUAUCCUAACAACACAGAUGACACAGCUGACAUUCAGAUGGUAACUCUUCGUGAAGCUGCAUUACAGGGAGCAAAAAAUGCAUCUGAAAGGCUCCUCCUGUACGAGCGCUGGGAUUUCUUGUGCAAACUGGAGAUGGUAGGGGAAGAGGGAGCAUUUGUGAUCGGGCGUGAAGAGGUGUUAACUGAAGAGGAGCUGACCACCACACUCAGGGUACUAUGUAUGCCUGCUGAGGAGUUCAGAGAAUAUAAAAACCAGGAAGGAUGGGAAGAGAGUGAAAGCAAAGGCAGCCUGUGUAUUUCCAACAUUCCCAAGCUCAAAGCAUCAUGGAGACGGCUUCUUCGAGACAGUGUCCUGUUAACACUGCAGACAUAUGCCACAGAUUUAAAAACUGAGCAAGAUUUGCUUAGUAAUAAGGAGCUCUAUGCCGGACUCAGCUCAAGGGAACAGCAGGCCUUACAGGUUCGCUAUGGUCAGAAGGUGAUCCUACAUCAGUUGUUAGAACUGACAAGUUAGUAUCUUCCUUGUUCCCUGAAGGAUCAGUAGUAGUGCUUUAUUAUAAGCCAAUAGUUUGUUGCCUUCAAAGAGGAAAACUGGGGCUUUUGCUUUUAUUACUUACCAGAAGGUAAAAAGUGCUAGAAUUCACAGACCAGGGAGGUGAGGGUUCACUAAACAAUUGUUAAUGAAUUCUGUAGCUAUUCUUCCCUUGGAACCAUUGACUUUUUUUUUUUUGAACUUGCAUUUCUUGUUGGAGGACAGGACUGGAACUGGAGUUGUUUGCUCAAGAUAAUAUCAAGGGAGUCAGCCCCAUUUAUGUAAGAUUCCAGCUGUUUACUUAUGAAGCUUUUUGUGUUCACUAGCCAUAACGCCUACCCUCAUUAAAGAUAAAUUAUGUAA